GGUAGUAUCAGUGAGUGGUGGCGUUGGCGGACAACGCAGUUGUGGGUUGUGGCCUUAUGGUCCAUACUCCAUAUCGUCUUUAUCACAAGUGCUGUGCGGGUCGUGCCGAGGUUUGAAAGCUGUCGGGUUUUCACUUUUCGUCGUACCCAAUCAUCCGAAAUUAAAACAAAGUUCAUCGCUGGCGUAUCCGUUGAGAAGGAGACGAAAAUAUGGCAACUGUGUCGCCCAGUGCAAAGGACACGAAUGAAAACAGGAGGAAAAGAGUGGUUCUUUUGUCUUCCUUGCCUCCUGAUUUUUUGAGAAUCAACACAACUCCAAAGCAGCUGCAACAAGAAGCGGCUGACCAACAAGCCGCCAUUGCUUUGCACCAUCAAUUCGUGGACCACAGGUUUUUUAAUACAGCUGGCCGUCUAAACAUAACUGUGGCACAGGCUAAACUAGUGAAAAGUUACAGUAUGAUGAGAAUGGACCCAUACGUUCGCCUAAGAGUUGGCCAUUGCAUAUACGAAACACAAACUGAUCCUAACGGAGGGAAAAAUCCCCAUUGGAACAAAGAAGUUCAAUGCGCUGUUCCCCAUGGUGUUAACUCCAUAUACAUUGAAAUAUACGAUGAACGUUCUUUUACAAUGGAUGAACUAAUAGCAUGGGCUCACAUUCCAAUUCCACAAAACGUCAUGGCAGGUGAAACAUGCGAAAAUUGGUACCCUCUAACUGGUAAACAAGGAGAAGGCAAAGAAGGACGGAUAAAUCUUGUAUUGAGUUACAUUAGCCUAGGACGAGGUUUGAAUCCGUGUGUAUUUGGGAACUCGAAUGUUUCUCCUCCUGUAAUGAUGAUCCCUUCAACAGCUUCAAACAUGUUUGGCCUACCCCAUUUUGAACCAGUGCCCGUUUAUACCCAACUAGCUGUUCCUCCUGUACACAAUAACCAAGAUCUGGCCGAACUUGAACAAAUGUUCCCGCAUGUGGAGAAAGAAACGAUUAAAUCUGUGUAUGAGAUGAGCCGAGGAGACAAGAAAGCAACGAUCAACUUUUUGUUUAUGUGAGGUUUAUUGAAGUUGCCAUAUCAAACACCUAUUACAGUCUACUAAGUGUUUAUUUUUUUAUUUAUUAAGUUUUAAUAUUAAAAAAUAUAUAUCUAAAAUAUA